AUGUUACCCGAAAAUUGGAAAGAAUUAACCUAUCCUCAGCUCAAUCUGGACGACCACACUUUGGACAAAAACCUUCCAGAGUGUGCAACACCGCUUCAACGCAAGCCGGCCGAGAGGAGCGCUGGCGUUCUCGAAACACUCUCCCUCGAACUUUUGCAUUUGAUCCUAGCCCAGCUGGACCUCAUAUCCAUACUGAACGUUCGUUAUGUCAACAAGCGAUGUUCCGAUCUCACUGAUUCGCUACCGGAGCUCCAAGCUAUCGCACGUUAUGGCCAAAACGCGCUUCGUGGAUCACUUGCGAUCAAUACUGCAGCGGCAAUCACCGUGGAAAAGUUACAUCAACAGCUGUUCAAGAAAUCAUGCGAGAAGUGCGGAGACUUCGCGCCAUAUCUGUACCUUAUCACCUGCGCGCGAGUUUGCUUCCUCUGCUUGUCGAACGCUGAUCAGUACUGUCCCCUCGGAAUUGAUCUUAUCAAACGCAAAUACGGUCUCAACUACAGCAUAAUUCAAUCAUUACCUCAUAUGAAAUGCUUACCUGGGGUUUACUCACCUGGUGGAUGCAAGGUAUCUAGAGCAGUAGUCUUGUACGAUGCUUGGUCUGCUCUACAAGCUGCGGUCACCUACCACGGCUCUAGGGACAACCUCAAAACCUACAUCGAGAAAAGCCAUGCCGAAUCCAUGACUGCGUAUCAUCGAAGAACUCAGGAAGCUACUGAAGCAAACUUGAGAUUGCCUCGCUUACGAAAGCCUGCAAGUCUUUCCCCAUACGACCGCAAAUCGGCAAAUCCGCGCCGUUUUGUGGCCGUCAUCGAGCUUCCUGUCAUCAACAAGUCGUCUAAGGUUGUGGAUUGGGGAUUCUAUUGUAAAGCUUGUCGAAACGCCAACGAGUGGCCACGCGACUGGCGGGUGAGAUAUGAUGAGGAAACAUUUGAACAGCACCUCUUGGCCUGUGGACGCAUAGAAAAUGGGAUACAUCAGGCCAGUACCGAUCCUGACGACAUAAGCGAGUUUCGUCUUCUCGUAGACCACCAGCACAUCAAAUAUGUCACUAUCGACCCUUACAUCUUCGAUGACAUGGAUCUGAUCUUCGAGCCCACCUUAAUCAAUAUCCUUCGUCCUCUCCUACCAGCUGGAGAUUGGAAUCAAGCCCGCAUUUUUCAGGCGCCUUCUUCAGAAAAAUCCUCUAAUGGAGAUGUCGAAAUGCAAGUUGAAACCUCAACACAAAUGCUCCCUGGGAUCCGUGGGAUAUGGCAUUCACUUCAAAUUGACUAUCUCGAGUUGGAGAUUGGCAGCCGUCUUCGUAGCAAUGUGUACGAGGCUACAUCUUCGAACUUUCCGGGCCAAUUCGUUGUCAAGUUUGCCAGAUUUGGUUACGAGAUCACAAGACUAGAACGCGAGACAACCGCAUAUAAGUGGAUUGAUGGCCACAAAAUUGGACCUAAUUUCCUAGGUCAUUUGACUGAACAUGGACGAGUGAUUGGUUUUGCGAUGAGCAAGAUUGAAAAUGCUCGACAUGCGACACUGGACGAUAUAAAUAUCUGUCGACAAGCUUUGCGUAGGCUGCAUACACUCGGGAUCAAGCAUGGGGACACGAAUAAGCAUAACUUCCUCAUUCACCCACAUGGCGUUACGCUGAUCGAUUUCGAUUUCGCGGACCAGAACGCUACAGGAGCAGAGUUGAAUAAAGAGCUCCAUGGGUUGGGGCAGGAAUUCGCAGAUACCACAGGGAAAGGUGGUGUUGGCGAUCUUAUUGAUGGUACAGACUACUAA